AUGUACUUGCGGCGGUCUGCAGAUAUUUCAACGGUUUCGAACCAUCGAACAGCAGGACUUCUUAGCGAUUGCGCACCAUCCCCGUUGCAAGAGGCAAUUUCAGCAAUUUGCAGUUCAAUGAGCGAUAUCGUAAGAAUGUUUGUAUAUGUCUAUUGGGUAUUGCCUUGUGGUGAUAGUUGCAUCUGCUUUAAAAUGUCUACUAAACAUAUAUUGAAAUGCAAAAAAAUGUAUGUGGUACGCGAAGACCAGUCUGGGUUACUCUCGAAUUGUUCUGACCUGAGGCGCUUACAUUCUUGUCGGAGCUGGGCAUUGUUCCCGGCUAGUUGUGGAAUUCAUAGGGUAGUCUCGUAG